AUGCCACUCAUCCCAAAGAUCACCACUCGCAAAGAACGUCUCGACACACGUUCCGCCGUACCCAAAGUCGCUGAAAAGAUCAAGGACAAGAGUUUCUUCUCUCGGCGCUUCGUCAAAAAGCUCGCCCGUGCUUCCCUCGGUGUCGUCAGGCGGCUGAAGCGGGACUGGAAAGAGUUCUGCAAUGCGCAGCCCGAGGACAACCCGUUCCAGGUAUACCCCGAGAUUGAUAUCAAUACCAAGCUCCCGCCUCGAGAUACUCACCCCAUUAUAGAGGCCUUUAUCGCGUUCACCACUCACCAAGCUCUCUCUUCCAAAGGCCGCAUCAGCGAGUAUGCCACCAGAGACACUAUUCGCUCUCUCAUGGGCUCCUUCUUCGGUAUUUGGCGCCGUGAGGCACUCAAACCCCUCCCCUACGACUACACCCAGCAGGUCUACACCUACAUCGAUUCGGAAGAACUCGAACAGAUCGCCCCCCUCUGUACCGACUCGAUGCCUAAACACUCGAUGAGCGCAGCCGACUUUGAGGUCCUUUCCCGAGCACUCUUCAGGGACACGGGUUUUAGAACACUUCGUAUGGCUCUCCAAGUCGCUUAUCUCGUCAAUCUCCAAUCACUCAUGACCGAGCGUCCCGGUGCCAUCGUCGAAGGAACAAAGUACCACGGCACCAACGAGGCCCUCAAAUGGGGCGAGCACGAGUUUCACAUCAUUCCGAAUUCUGACGACCCUCAUCAUCCCCUCGUCAUCGUCAAGGUCAAGAUCCACCGCCAGAAAGGCUACCGAGGGAAAAAGUCGGUAUACAAGGAAUUCAUCCUUUAUCCCGAGCCCAACGCAAACCGCGCAAUGUGCCCAGUCGCCCAGGUCGUCGCUCUCGCUAUUCAAGACCAGAUCUUCGCCCAUGUCACCACCGCAGAAGAAAUCUUUUGCCCCAAGCAUGCUCCCACUAAACACCAUAUCCUGUCCAUAAAGCCAUCCGCCCUCUCUCAAUGUGUCGCGCGUGCCGAGGUCUUGGUCAAGGGCAUCUGGGGCACUUCCUCAGACCGGGCGCUCAGCUACUCUGUAUACAGCGCCCACUUACGACGCGUCAGUUUGGCAGACGGGUUCAUCAUUCAUGUCACUCCAUAUUGCUUUCGACGUGGCGCCUCUAAUCGAAUCUCAAGGGAACUAGGUGAAAACGACCUACACACUCUUAUGGGUCACACUGCAAAUUCUCAGAAAUUCAUAAGCGCCUAUCAAAGCAGACUCGUCGACGCUGAUCUCUCCGCUGUCCUCUAUGAUCGCGAGGAAAAUUCCGAGCAUGUCCAAGCUGGCAAGGCCGUCUCAAGCAUGUCCGCUCGUCGAGACAACAAUGCACCUGUAGAACUACCUUUGGAACAUAUGGGGGAAAUCCUCAAUGAGCCAGAGCUGGUAGACAUGCGCCAGACACGUCAAAAGCUUGCCAACGAAAUUUCAGCCACUUCAAAACUCCUCGUUUCAGCAGACGUGGAUGAGGAAGAGCAGAACGCAGUCUCCGCAAAGAUCCUCGAACUCAAAAGGACCAUCACUCUGCAUGAUAGGGAGUAUCGCAACAUCAUCAGGCGCGAAAAGAAAUACCUGCCUCACAAAAUCACUCGAGGCAAAGAAAAUGCCAGUGGACUCAUGCCGGUUUCCAAACCCAUAUCCCGUACCGACGCAUUGGAACAACUGAUCGGAAACUUUUUUGACGCCGGUCUUUCCUUUGACACGACCGCCGACUCCAUUCUCGGAUACAUUGAUGCUCUCAACAACAUCCCUGCCAAGCACAAGGCCGUUUGCUACCUUGGAGAAUCUCCCGACGAGAACAAUGAAUGUCCGGCUUGCGGCAAGGAAUGCACCAUCACGGAAAUGCCCAAGGGCAUCGGCAGGCAUAUUCACAGCUGUAUCGCCAACACUAUGCAAGAACAAGCCACGCUUAAUGCCGACGAGGCCUUCAAACAGACCCAAUGUUUCUGGAACGGCUGCUUCGCAUCAAAGACAGUCUGGAAAACCCGGAAGGCGCACUUGAAGCAUCUGACCAAUCACAUCAACUGGCUGAAAUCCCUCUCCAUUCGUGGUGAUACUAGACGGUGCAGGUGGUACGAACAGGAUCGGAUCUGCAACGAAACCGCUGCCGAGGAUGAUGAUUCCUUUUGGGAAGACCACUUUGCCAGCGCUCACGGAAUAAACACGAGCACAACAAUCAGGGUCGACCACUGUGCGUCAUGCGGAGAAUGGUACGAGGAUCUCUACGGCGAUUGCUCGGCGUGGAAUGACCACUGUAUCGGUCACUACGAGGACGCCUUUGCUCCUUUCCAAGAACGCCUCGAUCAGGAUGUCAUUCUUCAACAUGACGAAAACGUCAUUGUCGUCGACGGGACCGCCGAGUACGACCCUACUACAGGCUUCGGGGGCAAGCAGCCCCUUCUUCAUGGCUAUAUCGAACAGUACAUUGCUCUUCGGCCGUUUUAUUGCCCAUUUUGUGUGUUCGAUACCACCAAGCCCAUGUUUUCGCGCAUGAAGCAAUUCCGUGAUAACACGAUCUAUUCUCGACACGUUUUUCAGCAACAUCUCAAUGACCUAGAAGACGACUCGGCCUGUCCUGUCCCAUCAUGCGGAAUUCAUGUCUACUCGGUCUUUGAUCUCGUCUACCACCUUGUCCUUUACCAUCGCCUGCCGCUAGUGGGUACGAAUCCGUCCAGAAAUACCCGAAAGCUUCGAAUCCCCACCAAGGACGACGCCGGCAAGCUUGUCAUUCCCUUGGCGCAAAACCAGGCAAAGACCAAGGCCAAGGCCAACCCUUUGGACCCAGAACCCGUCCGUAAACGCACCGCCAAGGGAAAGAAGAAGGCCAGAGACUCUUCUGAGGAAGAAACUAUCCCUAAACGUGCAACGUCUGUGAUCGAGAUCUCAGACGACGAGCCGGUCGCACGUUCAUCAUCUGUAAUCUUUGUCGAACCCGGACCCUCGAAACGACGCAUAGUCAUCUCGGAUGAAUCCGACCAGGAGAAAACCAAGAAGCAACGCAUUGAAGCGCAGCAAUCCAAAACGAAAAAGCAGCGCUUUGAGGAACUCGUCGCAGGACCUUUGACCGCUGACGACGACGACGACGAUGACGACGACGACGACGGCAUCGACGAUCACACAAGGCGAUAUCUCUGCCUAGGUUGUUACAACCAAUACCAGGAUAUACAAACACAUUCUGGAGGCAUCCCCGUUAGACUCGAGCUGCCGUCGAAAAGGCGCCUUCCAAAAGCUUGCCCCGAAUGGGAAACGGUUCAACUAUGUGUACCACCACACGUUGACACUUCUGUCGCCGGCAGCACGAGCAAAAAGAAUCGUUACCAUUACUGCACAACAUGCAAGCUCCAAUUUACCGAUAUCAGGGACCACAUCCCCGACAAAUGCCAAUCAAAGACUUUCCGAAUCAAGGACCCUAACAAUCCCGCUCAUCGCCGAGCACGAAACGCUCCCUUGUAUACCUUUGUAGAGUGGGUCAAGACUGCACCCCCUAGAGUAUAA